CAGAUUCCGAACCGGUUCUAAACGAACCCCAGGAUGAACAUCCAGUACGAGGACCCCGCUCUGUCCGGCAGCUACGGCGUGGUGGGCUCCUUCCCGAAGAGCUUCGGCUACGGGGGGGAGGAGCAGGACCUGGAGGAGAGCUGCCCCCCCGCAGACAAGCCGAGGAUCCUGCUGAUGGGGCUGAGGAGGAGCGGCAAGUCCUCCAUCCAGAAGGUCGUUUUCCACAAGAUGUCGCCCAACGAGACUCUGUUCCUGGAGAGCACCAACAAAAUCUACAAGGACGACAUUUCCAGCAGCUCCUUCGUCAACUUCCAGAUCUGGGACUUUCCCGGCCAGGUAGACUUCUUCGAUCCCACCUUCGACAGUGAGAUGAUCUUCAAAGGAACAGGCGCCCUGAUCUUCGUCAUCGACGCUCAGGACGACUACAUGGAGGCUCUGGGGCGUCUGCACCUGACCGUCUCCAGAGCCUACAAGGUGAACCCAGACAUCAACUUUGAGGUCUUCAUCCAUAAAGUGGACGGACUGUCGGACGACCACAAGAUAGAGACUCAGAGAGACAUCCACCAGAGGGCCAACGAUGACCUGGCCGACGCAAGCUUGGAGAAGCUUCACCUCAGCUUCUACCUGACCAGCAUCUACGAUCACUCCAUAUUUGAGGCCUUCAGCAAAGUCGUGCAGAAGCUCAUCCCUCAGCUGCCGACGUUGGAGAACCUCCUGAACAUCUUUAUCUCGCACUCCGCCAUCGAGAAGGCCUUCCUGUUCGACGUGGUCAGCAAGAUCUACAUCGCCACAGACAGCUCUCCUGUGGACAUGCAGUCCUAUGAGCUCUGCUGCGACAUGAUCGACGUGGUCAUCGACGUUUCCUGCAUUUACGGGCUGAUGGAGGACGGCAGCGGCUGCGCCUACGACAAAGAGUCUCUAGCCAUCAUCAAGCUGAAUAACACGACCGUGCUCUACCUGAAGGAGGUCACCAAGUUCUUGGCUCUGGUCUGCAUCCUUAGAGAGGAGAGCUUUGAAAGGAAAGGUUUAAUCGACUAUAACUUCCACUGUUUCCGGAAAGCCAUCCACGAGGUGUUUGAGGUGGGCAGCUCGUUUGAAGGCGCCGCCUGGAGACCCGCCAGUUCCUGUAGCAACCAGCCGGGCCUGAAGUACGCAGCGCUAAACGGAAGCGCCGUUUGAUCCGUCGCAGAUUUACACUUUCCACUUCCGAAUGAUCAGCUUUCAGCACCAAACUCCACUGAACGUCACUAGAAACGGAGCACUGACUCAUGAAGUUUCUCACAGACACUGGACAGAGUUUAAUGAUGCUCUUCAUAUGAAUUCUCUCACUUGCUGCAGGAUCUCUUGUGUUUUUUAUCAGUUAGUUGAUUUCUACUAGUUUUCUCCUCGCUUGUGAGGGGGGUCAAGUUUGGGUCUAAAAUCCUUUUUUUUCUUUUUCUUUGUAUAUUUUAAAAUGUAUUUGAGUGCUGCUGCAUUAAUUAAAAAACUAGAUUUAUUGUUUGUAAAAUCAUACAUCUGCUUCAGAAAUCUCAAAAACACAAUUUUAUUGUUGUGUGUGUGUGUGUGUGUGAUUGUGAGUCUUUAAUAAACAAGGUUUGAUACUGA